CAAAAAUGUCAUCAUCAACCCUCCCCUUCGCUGACCCUCUCUGGCUCAAUCGCGGACACAGCCCUUACUAUAAGGACUCCCACCGACGUCUGCAAAAAGAAGUCCGCUCGUACAUUGACACCCACAUUGCUCCUUAUUGCGAGGAAUGGGAAAAGAACGGCUCUGUUCCCGCCGAGGUGCAUCAACGACACGCAGCGCUCGGCUAUACCGCUGCGACACCAUUCCCACUAGCUGCGGGCUAUCUCAAGGGCCAGAAGCUUCCUGCUGGAAUUAACGCGCAAGAAUGGGACGGCUUCCAUGAUUUGGUUCUCAUUGACGAGAUUGCGCGAUGCGGCUAUCUCGGUGUGAUCUGGGCGCUGGGAUGCGGCAACUCGAUCGGUGGACCGCCCGUUAUUAACUUUGGAAAUAAAGAGCAGAAGGACCGGUUUCUGCCUGAUAUGUUAAGUGGCAAGAUCCGAUUUUGUCUGGGUGUCACUGAGCCGGAUGCUGGAUCUGACGUCGCGGGUAUCACCACAAUCGCGGAACGAAAAGGUGACAAGUAUAUUGUCAAUGGAGCAAAGAAAUGGAUUACCAACGGUAUCUUCGCGGACUACUGCACUGCUGCUGUGCGGACCGGGGGAGAGGGUGUGUCUGGGGUGUCAGCUCUAAUCAUCCCACUCAAAGCACCCGGCGUGACGUGCAAGAAGAUUGACAACUCGGGUGUUCUUGCCAGUGGAUCCACAUAUAUCGAAUUUGACGACGUGGAGGUCCCGGUGGCCAAUCUGCUUGGAGAAGAGAACAAAGGCUUUCCCAUUAUCAUGAACAACUUCAACCAUGAGCGUCUCUGGCUUGCUUGUACUUCACUACGGAUGGCCCGAGUGUGUGCCGAAGAUGCUUACCAGCAUGCCAUUACCCGCGAGACCUUUGGCAAGAAGCUCAUCGAGAACCAGGUCAUCCGGUCCAAAUUCUCAGCAAUGGGCCGUAGCCUUGACUCGACAUAUGCCUGGAUGGAGCAGCUGGUGUACAUGGCGGAGACAGCCAAGGCGAAUGGCACUGAUAUGGCAAUGGGUGGCUUGUUCGCCAACCUCAAGGUGCUUGCAGGACGGACUUUGGAGAUGGUGAAUAGAGAGGCUCAGCAGGUUCUGGGAGGUCUCGGAUAUUCCAAGAAUGGCCGCGGCGCGAGAAUCGAGCAGAUUAGUAGAGACGUUCGGGUUAUGGUUGUAGGAGGUGGCAGCGAGGAGAUUCUGUCAGACCUGGCUGUGAACCAAGAGAUCAGGGCGAUGAAAAAGCUCAGCAAGCUGUAA